GCCAAUGGGAACGGCGGCCCCCGUCGGGCGCCCGGUUCCCCCAUGCAUUGAUCCGGGAACCGCGCGGGGCGAACCGACUCGUGUAUAAUUCAUAGCGGGGAGCGGGGACGCGCACGGCGCUCCGAUGUACCCGACGGCCGCCGGGCCGCUCACGCUCACGCACCGGCCGAACAGUUCCUUCCUCGUGGACAACCUGCUGGCGCGGGGCGUCGAGGCGUCGUCACCUCCGGCCUCUGGUGUCGUGGUCGGCUCGCUAGUGUCGCACCACCAGCAGCAAGUCGCCGCAGCCGCGGCCGUCGCUCACCAACACCAGCAACUGCAGCAGCAGCUCCAGCACCAGCUUCAGCAGCAGCUGCAACAGCAGCAACAGCAGCAGCAGCAGCAGGAGCAACACCAGCAGCAACUGGACUGCUGUUCCUCGUCGGGAGGCAUGACGCCCCGGGACGACGACGACGAACUGCGCACCCCGCCCCCGCCGCCGCUCAAGUUUGGUGUGACGGCCAUCCUGGCCGACCACGGAGCCGCAGCGGUGCACGGCCGGGACAAGGAGCGCUUCUUCGGGGGAGCAGCGAGGAGCGCGGCAGCCGCGUCUCUGCUCGCCGCGGCCGCGGCCACAGGGGGAAAACCCGACCUUCGGGACCUCUUCGAGCAACUGAGGACGAACUCUGGCUUCCUUCCCCGGUGUUUUGUGACCGAAAGGCCAAAGUAUCCCCCCUGCAAGGACGAGAAGGUACCUGGCGGCAUCCCCUGCGUACCAGUGUCUUGCAGCGGCGCGGCAGCAGCGGCGGCGGCAGCCGUGCAACUGGCCGGCUCCUACCCCGUCGUGGCGAAGCCUAUUCCGCGAGGAUUCUUCGAGUCUCCCCUGCAGUCGCUGGUCGCCUGCAGGUCGUCCUACCUGGCCGGUCUUGGACCCGCUGGCCUGAGCGGCGGCGAACAGUUCGGUCUCGGCCCCGGCCGGAGUCCUCUGCAAGGAGGAGCGGGAGGUCCCGGUGGUCCUCCGGGCACCGGAGCCGGCGGCCCCCUGCACCAUGGCUUCCCGUUGCCGGCCACCUUCCCGUGGGCUGCAACGGCCAGGGGCAAACCCAGGCGCGGAAUGAUGCGGCGGGCCGUCUUCUCGGACGCGCAGAGGCAAGGGCUCGAGAAACGCUUCCAAAUACAGAAGUACAUCAGCAAGCCGGACCGCAAGAAGCUCGCCGAGAAACUGGGCCUCAAGGACUCCCAGGUGAAGAUCUGGUUCCAGAACAGGCGCAUGAAGUGGCGCAACUCCAAGGAGCGUGAGCUGCUGUCCAGCGGAGGCUCCAGAGAGCAGACCCUGCCGACGAAGAGCAACCCGAACCCGGACCUGAGCGACGUGUCCUCCUCGACGGCGGCCGCAGGCUCCACCAACGGUCACGGCGCUCACCCCCACCAGCCGGUGACGGCCGCCGCUAGCCUCGCCGAACACCUCAUGAGGGCCUCGCGGGACGAAGACGACGACCGGCGCUCCGUGGACGCGGACAGCGACGAAGACGUCGAGAUCAAGGUCCUCUGAGCGGGGGACACGUGACGCGAGCGGUUGUCCCCCUGCGUUGUCGCCGAUAUGCCGGCGCCCAUACCGAACUGAAAUAUGAACCGUGUACAGUGACUUGUUAUGAACUACCUUGCAAUCUUCCUUCGUGACAUUGAACGGUGCCAAGACCCUCCCUGGCUCUGAAGCACAGCCAGCGCCGUCGAGAGAAAGGUGUCGAGAUGCCCUCCCACAAAACCUUGUUGCACACUGAACACGUACGGGAGAAAAAGGCGACUCGAGUACCGUCGCAAGUCAAGAGACCUUUCAUCAGAAACGCGGGUUCUUCUGUGAUGUGUGACUCAAAACCGGACUCGAAAGUGGCAUAGCGUCGCUCCAUGCGAUGUAGAUGCCCUUUGGUGUAGAAAGAACCGUCUGAACCGGUGCCGACAGAGACGCUAGCCCCGUAUCCGAAAGGACUCCUUAGAAAGAGCCGAUUCCUCUAGGUCUUACCGCGCACCUUAGCUGGGCAGCCUGAAUUCUCAAUACACGUAUGCAGUGGCUAACAUCGGUGCAACUUCAACAGGUCUAGAGACCGCUACUUGAGCGCUGCUUUGAAGGCUGCUAGAUCUACCUGAACUAAAUGAUCAGCAGCGAUUUAAUUAAACCUGAACCAUGAGUGUGUCGCCAGACUGUAAACAAAGCCGAUAAAUAACGGGCGUAAAAUGACUCUUGCUCGGUUUUAUGAACGAGUGAUUAGUUUGCGCGCAAAGUUUGUCCAGUGUACAGUCACACCGGCCGUCACGCGAGUAAAGACUUAGCUAGUUCAGUAAUGUUCGGUGCAGUUAGCCUUCGGCGCACAGCAGAUGAUUCUUGCAAUCUACAUGAAAUGGCUUAAAGGUUUGCCACACAACCGCGUUCUUCCGUGGAAGAAUUCUGAAGAUCUCCCGAGUAAUGUGCUCUGGGUACCUGGCGCCUACAACGUCUGUGUGGGCGUCAGAAAGAGUAUAGCCUUCAUCAAAUGUUUUGACAUCGAGGGGGCUUAACAGUAUUUAUGUAUACAAAAGAGCUUAUGUUUAGCUUUGGCUUUACUGCACGAAAGCGUGGCCAACAGCAAACGAACUGUUGAUGAACUGCGUCUGGUGGCGGGCGUCAGACACUCGAUGCCAAACUUGGUGACCUCCAGUGGCGUGUCGAUGCCUCCCCCCCCCCCCAACCAUGAAUCCAACGUUGCCAGAAGUAUCCAAUCCGUGAGGCCGUUCAACAUGCCGGAAUUUGGCGGUAGUGAAAAUAGCACCCCAUCCUUGCCGGCUCUGUCUUCAGCCCUUUGACGAGUGAUGUGGUUUCUUAUACUUCUCGUACCACUUAAGAUGCUGAAUAUCACCUUUAAACUAAGCUUCCAGACGUUACCAAGGCAUUUGGAAAAUAUAGAGCGAAUAUCACAGUGCAAGAAGUGAUUUUACCUAGUCCAUAUUUUACGAAAGCUCGUUUACCUCAUCUGAACACACUGAAAGCAUGGAAGUCAACGUGUUUUUAUUAGUUCGGUUUUUUUUUUUCACUUUUUGAUUCUUUCGUGUAGCCCAGAACUUGAAGAGAACCUCAGAAAACUGGAAUAUUAAAGUCAUGCAAAUCCUUCCAAACGCAAUAAUCCAGACGAACAUUUCAUUUUCUAGUGGCAAUGACGUUAUGAGUUAACGGCGUCGGGAAGCCGGUAAGAACAGCCCCAUUUCUUCCUUUCAUUUUUUAGAAACUCGGAAUUCCUCUCGAGCUUCGCCAGAUCAAAACUGCUAAAAGGAUGCCCACACUCCACUGCACUAUCGUUUCGAAGUACUACUGCAUGUUUAACCACGAGUGCGCGGAGUUUGCUUGGUCGCUUCGGCCAUUGUGCGGUGAGGUCGGUUAACCAGAGGCUCAAAACGAAGACGAAGAAGAGAGCAUGCGAAUGUGACGCAGAAAAAACUCUUUGACAUAAAGGACGGUCAAGAAAGAAACGUGAUCCCAGUGACAAAUGUGAGGUGCUUCUGUAAGCCAUGUUCCUCUCUUGUUGAGAGAUUGCAUCUGCACGACUUGUACAAUAAACCCGUGAAGUUUG